AUGCGUGUCUUCGCCUUCGCCCUUCUCCUCGUCGGCUUCUUGGGCCUCGCCUCGGCGGCGCUCAACUUAGAUGGCAUCCCUAGCUGUGCUGUCAGUUGUAUGAUCAAGGCGCUUCCCCAGUCGACAUGCGCAGCCACCGACCAAACAUGCCUAUGCGUGGACCCCAAGUUCAACGCAGCUGUGCAACCCUGCAUUCAACAGACGUGCACGAUCAAGGAGAGCUUGAUCAUUACCAACGCGACGUGGUCACAAUGCAACUUCCCACUGACAGACCAGACGGCGAAGAUUCACUGGAUUGGCGGGGUUGUUACCUUCAUCACGGUUGCCUUCAUGGUGAUGCGACUUGUUUCCAAAGCCAUGAAGCUGUCAACCUGGGGUGCCGAUGACACCGCUAUCGUCAUUGCAUUCGCUUUGUUCAUCGGAUUUUAUGUCGAACUAUUCUACUUUGUAAGAGCAGGUCUUGGGAAGGAUAUCUGGACGCUUCACGACUACGAAAUCACGUAUUUCCUGAAGCUCCUCUUCGCUCUCGAGUUCUUCUACUUCAUCGGCCUCGCCUCGAUCAAGGCAUCCAUUCUCUUUUUGUUCCUCAAGAUCUUUCCGAGCAAAGGCUUCCGCAAAGUGCUCUGGGUCAUGCAACUUCUCAGCGCGCUUGUCGGAUUGUCAUUCGUCAUUCUCUGUUUUGCAGAAUGCCAGCCACUAUCUCACUUUUGGGAUGGCUGGAGUGGAGAGAACCAGGGCACAUGUCUUGAUCUCAACCGUAUCGGCCUCAGCCAUGUCGCUUUGAACAUCACGCUGGAUAUUGUGAUGCUUAUCCUUCCCAUUACUCAGAUCUACAACCUCAAGAUGGAUAAGCGGAAGAAGCUUGGCGUUAUUGCCAUGUUUCUUGUCGGUGUCUUUUUGACGGUUGUGAGCAUACUACGCAUCAAGACUUUGAUUGUAUUCGCGACGUCACUGAACACUACCGCCGACUCUGUUGCCGUUGUUCUCUGGGCCUACGUCGAACUCGGUGUCGGUGUCAUCGUUGCAUGCAUGCCAAACGUGCGCCAACUUCUCCAGACCCUCCCUUCCAAGGUUGUCCAGCUUUCAACGAACAUGGCAUCCGCAGUGGGCUCAUCAUUAUCAAACAGCCGCACCAGGGUAUCAGUGUCACAAGUGUACCACGAGAAACCCAACAAGUCAUUUCGGGACACCCACAUGACGAUCGGAACAGACACGACGAUAGCAGCCUCGGAAGCAAGUCUUUCGCCUCGGGGCUUCGACUGA